GGCAAUAUGGCUGACGAAGAACUGCUGAUGGAUGAUUUGGAAGUGGUGGAUACAACUUCUCCUGAAGCCCCAGAUGGGGAGCAAGAGAACGCAGCUGAUGAGGAAUCAUUAUUGGACCUGAUGUAUGGAGAUAUGGAGGUGGUGGACCAGGUGACAGCUGAUCAGAUACAGGAAGAAGAUGUACAGGAAAACGAGUACUUCCAAGAAGAUGAGCUUGGUGAAGAGUUUAUUGAAAUAAAUGAGGAUAUGGUGGAGGUUGACGAUAUCAAUUCUAAACAAGAAUCUGGAUUAGAAGCACAUGUUGACACAGCUCCAUGUAAUGUUGAUGGUGGUGAUGAAGAAGAAGCUAAAGACAAAGCAGCAAGCAGUUCUGGAAAUGAUGUGUCCAUUCCUAUAGAAGUAACUGUAAGUGAGGUGCAAGAGGCUGAGAAACCUGUGGAGGAGACAGAAUUUCAGCAGGUUGAUAAGACUGACAGCACAGCUGAUGUAAAUACAGCUGAUACAUCAGAAGACAUUGCAGAAGAAAGUGAUGUUCUGCAGGUAGAAGACCCUCAGAAUGAUUUAGAUGCUGAUCUUCUGACUUCCCAGAAGGAGCAGGAGUCAAUAAGCGUAUCAGCUGAUCAGGAAGGAGAGAAGGGUUUAGAUAACAGUGAGAUGGAAUUGGCUGGUGGAGAUAAGAAACUGUCCUUAGAGCUUGAAAGUAAUGCUGAAAAAAGUGCAACUUCCCAAGAGAACAAUACUGUUACAUCUGCUAACAAAACCGCCUCUUGUAACGAUAAAGAAGCAAAGAAAGAAGAUGCCAACAAAUCUCAGUCUGAUACCAAGAGUUCAAAGCCAUCAGAAAGCAAGAGUAACGAAAAAACCGAGAGCGUCAGUCGCAAUUUAUGGGUGAGUGGUCUUCCAUCCACAACAAAGGCAGCAGACCUCAAGACAUUAUUUAGCAAAUAUGGAAAGGUGAUGGUAACCAAAGUUCUGGCUAGUUCUAAAAUCAGUGGUGCUAAGUGUUAUGGUUUUGUUACUAUGUCAACAUCAAAGGAAGCCUCUGACAGUGUUCAGCACCUUAAUGGAACAAAGAUACAGGGCAAAUAUGUUAUACAAGUGACCAAGAAAGAACCUAAAAAGAACACUGCAAAAAAGUCUGAUGAGAAAACAGCAGAUAAAAAGACAGAGAGUGCAGAAAAGAAAGACCAAGAUAGAAAUAAGAGAAAGAUCACAGAACGAAGAUCUUAUCGACCUCGGUCAACCAAUGACAGCACUCAAAGAGAUUCAGGUGACCGAAACAGGUCCCAUGGUAACACACACAGAGACAGCAGAAUGAGUCGAGUAUCAUCGAGUAGCAGGCCACGCAGCUCACAUCACACCAGCAUACGUUCAAGUCACCAGAGUCGUUCUAGCUAUUCCUCAAAGUACAGAAGAUCUUCUGGUACUGGCUCCUCAAAGGACCACAGGCCUUCCAGCUCCCGUGACAAGUCACAUAAGUCACCAGUAAAGAAGGAAAGUGAGAAGAAAGCUUCCAGUUCAAAACCUGAGAAAAAGGAGAAACCGGAAGCAUCUAGUUCUUCUGAGAAGACAGGAGAAGCUGAAAUUACUGGAGAACCAUCAAAGGAUAGUAGUGAUGUUGAUGGGAAAGGGGCAGAGGAGAAAACUGAAGCAAAAACAGGAGAUGGUGCUGAAAAGAAAAGUGGAGAUGAAAAAGCCUCUUCAGAGUCUAAAAGCUCUGAGAAGGGUAUUGUUCCAUUUGAUCAGAUGAAGGAAGAAAAGAUAAAGGAGUGGGAAAAAAUGAAGAAGCGAAAGUCUUUACAGGAAGAUCUUAAGAGGAAAGAGAUAUAUCAAGAAAAGAAACGACAGAAAGAUAUUCAUAUAAGACAAAGGAUGGAGUCAUUGAAAUUAUCUAGGGAACGAGAAAAACUCAGACGAGAGAGGCAGCGACUGGAAAGAGAAAGGCUUGCUGCUCAGAGACGAGAAUUUUUACGAUUAGAACAGCUGGAGAGAGACAAGCAGGACAGGGAGAGGACUGAGAGACUGCGACUGGAACGUUUAAGACUGGAAGAAGAGAGGGACAGAAGAGCAUUGAAGCGUAUGUUUGAAAGAUCUAUUGAAGAUGAAUGGUUGGACAACAAAAGAUCUUUGAUGUCAGAUUCUUUUCAACGAGAUCGCUACAGAGAUAUUGACUCUCGUGAUUUACGCCCCACUCGGUAUGAUGAUGCACGAUUAGACAGAGAUGCCUAUGACAACAGACGGAUAGAAAGAUACAACAGAAAGGACCUUGGCAGGUCAGAUAUCCGGGACAGGGAAGCUGCUCGCUCUUCUCUCAGAGAUGAUAGAAAUGAAGAUAGAUUUGACAGAUUUAGUGACCGAAACAGAGAUGCUGUACGAGGCAGGGAUGGUGAUGCAGGAAGAUAUAGGGAUAGCGAUAGAGGCAGAGAUGUGGACAGACGACCUCAGAGGAAUACUUUUGACAACAGAGGGGAAAGGAAAAUUGACAGAGGUGUAGUACCAGCCUCUCGAAAUAUUGCACACCAGUCUAGUCAUUGGGGAAGUGGGUCACAGUCAGCAUCAGGACUUUCCUCCAAUAUGGGAGCUAGUGCAUAUAUGACCAGCGUGCAGCAACCAGGUAUAAUGAUGGGAGGACAGCGCAUAAUGACCGGACAGCAUGCAGCUGUCCCCAUGAACACUCACAUAGGAAUGAAUCACAACAUUAGACGAUAUUAACAUUUUACUCAUAUUUGGACAACAGCUUUUUUGUUGUGUUUGUGUUGUGUACUUGUUAUCCUUUCCUUUACUCAAUAAUGAGCCUUUAAGCAAAAAUGAUUAAUUAUGGUAAUGGAAGUGAAUAUUUUGUGAAGACAUUUUGUAUUUCAGAAAUAUGUAACUAAUUUUGCAUGCUAUCUGAAAUUUUUCUGUCUGUGUCAAAUGUUCCAAUUUUACUUAAUUACGUCCAGCAUUAUUGUUUUACUUAACCCACAUGAAAGGGGAUCAAGGAGGGGUUUCUAAAGUUCACCACCCCACCUACCUAACACAUCAACAGUUUAAUUAAAAAUCCAUAUAUUUACACAUGCCAGUACCUGACUGUUUCCUGCACAUACCUGGGAAUUAAAUCAAAAUUGGUGCUUGUAGCCUGUUUGGUUGUGGAGAAAUAGUUUGUACCUCAUUUCUAUGUAUCUAAACAGAUGUAAUAUAUAAAUGCUCUAUUUAUCUUGAUACAGAAAUAGUAAGUCAUCCUUCGACACAUUUUUUAUCUGCUCAGCACAACCAAGCGUGAAAAUAAGUCCAAAACUGAAGGUCUGUUGUUUGUACCUAAAUGUUCAGAGGAUCAAAGUGUACACCACAGAGUACUUAAAUUAUCAUAGUUUUGAAAAACAUGAUUUUGUUGUUGUUUAUUUGAUUCAUUUUGUAAUUGUUUUUAAUCAUGACAUGUUAAUGAAUUGUUGAAUUGACAUAUUGUCAUAUUUGUAAUUCUUGUAUGAAAAUAGAAAAGAUAGUGUUGAACUGAUGUAAGUAUAUGUGUAGUUUGUUUAACAGGUACAUAUUUCCAUAGUUUUAGUUGUUAAAAGUAAUUUUAUAUUUUCUGAUAAAAUUAAAUCAUGAAAAAUGUACUGUUCCAUGUUUUAAUUAAUUAUAUUGGUAAGAUAUCAGAAUUCAUUAUGAUGCCAAUUACAGGAAAAUAAUUUCAUCUUCAUUAAUGAAAUUUAGCAAGAAGAUUUGGUAUUUUUUGGUUUCUUUUAUCUAGUGUUGUCAGUUUGAACAUUGGAUUUGUGAAAUCAUGACCAAAUAUCAUAAUGAAUUUUUAAAACUUGCUGUUUUACCUGCAAAUACUGAAGAUAUUUGAUUAUAUUUAGUAUAUGUUGAUGUGGUGCUGCUUAAAUAUUGGAAGAUAUUGUGUUCAUAAUUGUAAAACUUGCAUAGUUUUAAGUGUAAAGUAUGAGAAUAGAUUGACCAUAAUGUGUGUUGACAUAUCAUGUCAGAGGUACCACUUAAGUUAUUAUUUUGUAUUGAAUCUCAACAAAAAAAAAAAAAGAAAAAAGAAAAAAAAAAGAAAACAUCAAGAAACUUUAUAUUACAUACUGUUGAAUAAUGUCAUUUGAUCACUGAGUUUUGUUUAUUAGAUACUGUCACAGUAACAAAGGAUCAAACAAAAAAAAAUAUUUUGAAAUAUGACUCACUUCAUGUGAUAAAAUCUUGGAUUUCUACUUUUGUCAAAUAGCUCAGCAUUUAAAGAUAGAUAUAUAUAUGUUAUUAUUGACCCAAAGUUUGGUAUCCUUGAUACUCCAGGGGCUGUGAUCACUUUUGCUCUCUGCAGCCCUGGAACAUAUGGCAAAAAUGAAGGCACAUGUGAAGUAAUAUAAUUGGUUCCAUGAGGAAUAAAGCUGAUCAGUCAGUCAAUCACAUGUUGAUACCUUCCAUUUGAAGUUUGCAAAGGCAUGACACUCAACUUCAAAGCCAUUACAAUAUACUGUUAUGCAACUGCGAGAUUCAUUUGAUAUACAUUAAAGGGUCAAACUACAUCUUUUCAUCUUGUCCUCAUGGUGUCGCAUAUAGAACAUUCAAAUUUGCCAUGACUUGUUCCAGGGAUGUAGAGUGGAAUAUCAAGGAUGUAUGUUAGGUGAUCAAUGUGAAAGAUCUGUUGCAGUGUAGCAGGAUUUUAAUUUAAUGUUUAUAUAGAUUCAAAUGCGAGGUAUGUUGUAUAAUUUUUACUUUGUAUUGUAAUGAAGAUGUAUCCUCUCUAUGCUCAUCAUUUGUAGAAGUGAACACCUAAUCACUAACAGUUCCAGUUAUUUUUGACCAUGUAAUAGCACAUUUAGUUGGUACCAUUAAAUUUUGUGUACAUAUUCAGAAGAGAUGCAAGUAGAUGUAUGUAUGUCUGCGUGAAUCUAUUCUUCUGAACAUAUGAGAAUAAAAUCAACCUGAUAAAUGUC